CGCCCGCCUGAUUCAUUCAAGAUGGCCGUCCAGCGCGAUGUGAGGUGGUCACGGCUCUUACUGUGGAGGUUGUGCCAGGCCCGGGGGGUUCCACAAAACUUGGGAUUGGGCCUGGUCCUAGAAGCGAGAACUUAUUCCCGGAGCGACGGCCCGUACUCGCGCACGGCGCUCUAUGAGCUGCUCGGCGUCCCCUCCACGGCCACGCAGGCGCAGAUCAAAGCGGCUUACUACCGGCAGAGCUUCCUCUACCACCCGGACCGCAACGCCGGGAGCGCCGAGGCUGCCGAGCGCUUCACGCGCAUCUCCCAGGCCUACGUGGUACUGGGCAGUACCACCCUGCGUCGCAAGUAUGACCGCGGCCUGCUUAGCGACGAGGACCUGCGCGGCCCCGGGGUCCGGCCCUCCAAGACGCCCGCCGCCGACCCCGACUCGCCCCGCACCCAGCCGCCCGCCUCUCGGACCCAGGGCCACGGUCGGGCCUCGUCGGGAGCCAACCGCACCAUGUUCGACUUUGACGCUUUCUACCAGGCGCACUACGGCGAGCAGCUGGAGCGCGAGCGGCGCCUGAGGGCCCGGCGGGAGGCCCUUCGCAAGCAGCAGGAGGACCGGGCCAAGAAGGGCUUACGCUGGGACGAGACCCGAGACACGGCUUUAUUCUUGCUUCUGCUCACAGUUUUCAUCGUCAUGGGCUUUCGUUUUUAAUCGGAGAGCGGAGGGAAGGGGAGCAGCCCCCCCGCCCCCAAGAAUUGGCCUUUCCUGUCUUCUUGAACCCGUUGCUUCCAUUGUUUGCUGUUGUCUACCUCUACUGGGGUCCGAAGGAACUGCUCUCCCCUUUCCCUUCCUCACCCGGCCAGCUUAGCCAUUGACCUGCAUAUCCCUACCCCUCUGGUCCAGAAAAGGAGGCUUUCUGAGGCCCAAGAAAAAGGCUCCCAAUGAGGAGUCCCGAAAGCCCGAGAGUGAGGGGUUUCCUGGAGGCCCUGGGGUGCCUGCUUCCAGAUGUUGUCAGUGUCUGGAACACUUGCUGUGGCUUUCCUGUAAAGCUCCGAGCAAGACUCGUCUGCUCCUGCCCCACGUGUGUAGCGUGGGGCUCCUCUGUAACCUUGAAACGUGCAAUGUGACCAAUUGUGACUGCCAAAAGAAAAAUUCUGGGGUUAUA